AUGGCAGACGGCGGCCCUGGGGCCCCAAUUCCGGUCUCGCCGCGCCGGAACAAGCUGGGGCGUCCGCCGCGGGACGGUCACGGCGUCUACGUCCACACCAACUCUUUCUUUCAAUACGAGGGGGACUGGAAAGGAGGGAGGCAGCAUGGCCACGGGAAGCUGCUCUUUAAAGACGGGAGUUACUACGAAGGCGACUUUGUGGACGGAGAGAUCACCGGGGAAGGACGCCGCCACUGGGUCUCCUCAGGCCACGGGCUCCUGGUGGACCAGGACGGACAGGUGUACGAGGGCUCCUUCCACAACCACAGGAAGCACGGGCACGGGCACAUGCUCUUCAGGAACGGUGACACGUAUGAAGGAGACUGGGUCCUGGACCAGCGUCAGGGACACGGCGUGCUCAGCUGUGCUGAUGGGUCCACAUAUGAGGGACAGUGGCACCGUGGCGUGUUCAGUGGAGAGGGCCGCCUGACCCACCGCUCGGGGCUCAUGUACAAUGGAAUGUGGAUCAACGGCCACCCAGUGGCCCAGGCCACCAGGAUCGUGAUUUUGGGUCCGGAAGUGAUGGACGUGGUCCAAGGAGCCGCCGUCACGUUACACGUCCAGCUGCAGCAGCAAGAUGGCAGGGUGGCCACAAGUGAGAACGGCCGGGUCCUGGGCAUCUCGGCGGGCGUUCGGUACGUGCAGCUCCCGACCUACUCCGACGUCAGCUUCUUCCAGGUGGACGCAGAGCACCAGGAGACGCCCACCCCAACACCGUUUGGGUUUGAGUGCAUCACUUACCCUCUGUGGAGCCCUGCAUCCGUGUCCACGGGGCUGGAGCUCAGGGCGGCGGAGGAAAGUGCCGGAGCUGACCCGCCCCUCCCCUCAGCCAAUGUGCAGCCAGUGCCAACUGGGGACACCCUGCAGGACCAGGAAGAUGGCCCCUGCGACCCCCCUGGCAGGGAGCACAUGCCCCCAUGUUCCCACGCCCACCAGCGGGUGAAGCAAGGCUGUGCUGUCUUCUCUGAUGUCCUGCUUGGGCCCGCUCCGCCCCACUACCACCCGGUCCUGUUCCUGCACAGCGACCAGAAGGUGGGCUGCAGGUCCAGAGCCAGCCUAGAGACUGGGUGCCCACCAGGCACAACGCAGGAGCCAGCAGGAAGCAGGUCUGAUGGGACAGUCAGAGGGAAGGGCCUGACCACAGAGGAGCUGGUGGCAACAGCAGCUUACCCAGGGGAGUAUGUGCUCAUGAUCCAUGAUGUGACCACGCCCCCGUUCCUGGGCUGCCCCCUGCCCACCGCCUUCAAGCACCUGCGGGUCUCAGCAAAGGAGUCCGGCCAGAGGCCACAGGUUCCAAAAGGAGACCCGGGGACACCUCACAAGAAGCAGCCGGAGCUCUGCGAGCAGCUAGCCCACUGAGAACUUGCGUCCCUCUGCUGGCCAUGGACACGGAAUGGGCAGCGGGGGAGAGCUGCCACCCCCUCGGGCAGCCCUGAGUGAAGCUGGUGGGGUACCAGGUUGCACCCCCACCCCACGCUGUGUUCCACAUUUGAAUAAAAAUGUUUCUCCCAUGGCU